GAGGCUUUAGGUGCGCGGUGUGUCUAACGAAUGGCCAUCAAUGAAGAGCUGACAACCUUGAAAGAAGAUUUUCUUUCACGAUUGCCAGGCUCUGAACUCAUUACUUGUCAUCCAUCGAUGGUGCUUGCCAGAAUCUCACGGACCGCAUUUAAGGAGGUUCGUGUGGCGAUUCAGUUUCCCGCCGACUAUCCAGACAAUCCUCUGCUUGUUGAGUUGAAGAGCAAGACUCUUUCUGCCAGAAUUCUUGACAGCUUGACGAAGCUCUGUGAUGAAGAACUCAAAAAGUGGAAAGGAAAACAACAGAUAAUGUCUUUGCUUGUCUUCGUCAAACAUUUUCUUGAUGAGAAUCCAUUCAUCGCUUGUUCGGACGAGAUUAUGUACAUCAAGAAAGAACUAGUCAGUGAACACGAUGAUUUGAAGCUCAAACAGAAAGCUGGCAUUGUCAGUAUGACGAUACGUCAGCAAAGGUAUUUUUUGUCUGUGAAACUAUCUGUUCCUGAUGCGUAUCCAACAGAUGCUGUUAGUAUAGAAAUCACCGAAUGCAACGUUCCUCCUGAUCUAUUGUUAACGUUUGCUGGUCAGUCUCAAGAAUUAGCACGGAGAUGUGUGACACCUCCUCUAAAACCAAAGCCUAAAGAUCCACCAUUUGAACCUUCACCUUCUCUGCAAAGAGUGGCAUGCCUACUUGCAAAUGAUUGUCUCAGACAUUGUGUUGCACAAAAAUGCUCUUUAUGUAAGAAGCCAGCACUACCAGACAAUCCUAAGGAAGUCGUUGUAGAUCUGAAUGCUGAUAUGCAUGUUGAGCGGAUCUACUGUGGUCAUCUGUUUCAUUUUAAGUGCUUGGACACGUACGUCAAGACGCCUCCGUUUAAAGGUGGUAAGAUGUGUCCUGUGUCUGGGUGUGGGAAAAGGAUAUAUCAUGACAAAUGGGUGACUACGAAGAAUACUAAGCUUGCUGAAGAUCGAUGGGCUCAUGAAGAAGCACGGAAGAGAGAACUUUCUGAAGUAGUUGAUUUCUUGGGGCUUUGACGAGUGACAGGUGUACGUUAGUGUUUCUAUUAAUUGUUAUGCAAUGCUUGUUUACACUAAUGCAGAGAAUGGAUUUUAGGGUAUCUAAUUUAUUACACUAUGAAAU